UUGAUUUAUUCGUAUCAACUUCUUUUUAUGGUUUAAAACUGACUAAUAAACUCCAGUGAGUCAAAUACAGAAAUUUCUUGGAAAGAAGUGGUUUAAUCUAACAGACAUUUUUAACAGAACUUUUUCCACAGAUAUGAGUGAUUUGGACGAAAUAGAAAGGAAUGUGAUAAAAUUCAACCAAAUACUAGACACAGAAAAACUUUUCAUUUUACCAUACUCAAAAGUUCUGUUAUUAGAAAUUUUUGAUGUUUACAUACAGCAAACAAGAAAAAAAGCAACAACCCAGAGAUGGCAUGCAAAGUCUACCAAACUUGGAAAUAUGAUACAAGUGGUAAAAAUAAAAUUGCAAAACCAGCCGUUGGGAAGCAUUGGAUCCGGUCCUAAAAAUCAGGAGGAAAUCCAUCGUAUAAAACAAUCUGUGAUAGAAAAUGCAAGACGAAUACAAGACAACAAAGUUGAUGUUAAAGACUACAAACAAAUUUUAAAUCACUUUAUGCAACAACUGGAGAUAAUCAACCAAAGCCCAUGGCCCCAGGAAAAAAAUAAUUAUUUUGGAUUUAUUCUACUAAAAUUAUUUCUAAAUUCCUCUGUAAAAGAGACUACAGAAGUUUUAGGCAAGCAUUCAUCUGGUGCAAAUCAAGUCGUCGGUGGUCACCUAGAAAGAAAUAAAAUGGAAAAACUUGUUACAGAAGUUGUACCUAGACAAACAUACGCACAGGACUUCGGAAAUAGUAACGAAAUUUUAAACAUCAAAGAAACACAAAUUUCAGAAAUACUCGAAACAUAUUCGUCUUUCGACGAAAAAAAACUUAAAUUAAUACAGUUAAAAGAAGAAAUAGAAAAAAUAAACACACCAAAUCAGUCAACACGUGUACGCAAAAUGGAAAUUCAAAACAGAAUAUUAGGUUUUAUCAUCGCAGAAGCCGCAGUUUAUUCAAGACAGAAACUCCGAGUCAUAGAAGACUAUCAAAAUUAUGCUCAACAUUUCGCUUUUCCGAAGACAAAUGCAAAAUUUAAAGCAAAGGCAAGCGAGAUUCGUGCAAUGGGUAGCUGUUUAGAUUGCAUUUCUGGAAACAAUUCUUUCUUUAAAACCAGAAAAAACUUUCUUCAAAGUCAAAUCGAAGUCGCGUUGGAGACUUUGAAAAAAAGAGCAGAUGAAAAUGAAAAAAUUAUGUCAGAAUUGGAAAAACUAGAAAGUAUUCGAAAAGAUAUAGCUAAAAUUCCACAAAUACCAGAAAUCGCGAUACAUGUAUUUAAUAAAUACAGACAAAGGAUUGAAGCAAUCAAAAGUUUUAGUCCUAGAAUUACUGUAAAAAGAAUGGAAGCUCUACAGAGCUUGCAUAAUUUUGAGAAUACCUUUUACGAAAAGCAGUUUAAGGAACUCUCAUCUAUAGUGGUUGAACUUACCAAAAAAUACGAAACGUUGACUGAACAAUUAUAUCAUCUAAAAGUAAACCAAAAUUUUCAGAAGGAAAAGCAUAUACUUUUGACACAACGGUCAAAGAUACGAGAGAAUAUUACAAAUAAAAGUCCAGUUGAAAAUAUUCCCGCACUGACAAAAGUUUUUGAUACGUUUUUUGAACAAUACGAUCAAAUUUUAACAAAAAUGGAGGACUUGUAUCACUGCGUCAAUUCUUUAAUAAAUACGAUUGAUCAUCUCCCACGAAACAAUGUCACAAAUUUGAAGAAAACAGAUUUGGAGGAGUGUGAGCAUAGAAUAAAUUCUCUUGAAGCAGAGAUUGCUGCACAGGAUGCAUUAGAAAUUCUACCCAACAUUAAAAAUAAACUUCUAAGUGAAAAAGUAAAAAUAAACGUAAAUCAUAUUGUCACUCAUGAAAUUAAAUGGCUUGAGCAAAAUGUUAUGGUCUCAGACACUUUUCCUACAUGCAUUGAAAAAAUUAUAGAAGUUUUCAUUGUGAAAGAAAACCUUGAAGACGUGCCUGGAGACAUUGAAGAAGUCAAUUCUCAAAAGAAAAUAGCUUUGGGAGAAAUUAAAUCUAUGUUAUGCGCCUUGAACAAGCAAGUGGCAGAAUUUGCAUUCAAGAAGACACCAUAUGAAAAUGUUUUAAAUAUUGAUAGUCAUUUCAUCAGUUUUAAACGUGAUGACUUUCCAAGUAAAGAAAAGAUUCAACACGUUAAGCAGAUUUAUUCGAACGCUAAAAAAUUUGAAGGUGAUAUUAAGUCUUAUUUGGGAACAAGAGACUCUAUCGAUUACUACAUAAUCCAUGAAAACCUGAUGCGUUUAUUAGAAGAACUCGAUCAGCUUGAGUGCGAUGAUCAAGAUUUGUUAAGAAAAACAGUUGCAACAAUGAAAUAUAUUAAGAAUUUAAAAGAAGAGUUGCAGGCUAAUGCAUUUUCCACAAAUUAAUUAUAACAUUUUGGAAUUAGAAAUUUAAUUUUAACAUUUGAUUGUAGGUAUAAAUGAGGUUGUUAAGUAAUUAAAAACUUUAAUUCAUGUCAGGUUAGUAAUAUUGUGUGGGUCUACAAACGUUUAUUUUUUAACACUUUAUACAUAAUAGUAAACAGUAUUUCGAAAACUGAACGUUUUUGUCUUUAGAAUGAGGAAUGAGCAUGUAGAUGGUCAAAAUUUAUAAGGCUUAAUAAGAUUCCCAUUAGGGGUACAAAUUAACUUAAUCUACAUAAUACAAAUAAACCAAUAAAUAAAUAAAUAAAUAAAUAAAAUAAA